CGGCGCAGCGGCGGGGGAGGCGGCGCCUGGCCGGUAGGAUGGGCCGGGCCGGGGAGUUUAUCCCGCUGGAAGGGAACAGUGUCCCCGGCUGAGACUUGACAGCACCAGGCAUUACAAUGGUUGACACAGAAAUGCCGUUUUGGCCGAUUAAUUUUGGAAUUAGCCCAGUGGAUCUGUCUGCAAUGGAUGAUCAUACACAUUCCUUUGACAUAAAACCAUUUACCACUGUUGAUUUUUCAAGCAUUUCUUCACCACACUAUGAAGAUAUUCCUCUUGCAAGAACUGAUCAGACCAGCAUUGAUUAUAAAUAUGAUAUCAAGCUCCAGGAUUGCCAAAGUGCAAUCAAAAUGGAGCCUCCUUCCCCACCCUAUUUUUCAGAGAAAGUUCAGUUGUACAAUAAACCUCAUGAGGAGUCUUCCAACUCCCUUAUGGCUAUUGAAUGUCGUGUGUGUGGGGACAAGGCCUCUGGAUUUCAUUAUGGUGUGCAUGCAUGUGAAGGUUGUAAGGGCUUUUUUCGAAGAACCAUCAGAUUAAAGCUAAUUUAUGACAGGUGUGAUCUUAAUUGUCGCAUCCAUAAAAAAAGCAGAAAUAAAUGUCAGUACUGCAGAUUUCAGAAAUGCCUUGCUGUUGGAAUGUCACACAAUGCCAUCAGGUUUGGGCGAAUGCCACAAGCGGAGAAGGAGAAGCUCCUGGCAGAGAUUUCCAGCGACAUCGACCAGCUAAACCCUGAAUCUGCUGAUCUGCGAGCACUUGCCAAGCACUUGUAUGACUCAUACAUAAAGUCCUUCCCUCUGACCAAAGCCAAGGCGAGGGCGAUCUUGACAGGAAAAACGACAGACAAAUCACCAUUUGUUAUUUAUGACAUGAACUCUUUAAUGAUGGGAGAAGAUCAGAUCAAGUGUAAGCAUGUGUCACCGCUGCAGGAGCAGAACAAAGAGGUAGCAAUUCGCAUUUUCCAGCGAUGUCAGUUUCGCUCUGUGGAGGCAGUGCAGGAGAUUACAGAAUUUGCCAAGAACAUUCCAGGUUUUGUGAAUCUUGACCUGAAUGAUCAAGUAACUCUCCUGAAAUACGGUGUCCAUGAGAUCAUAUAUACUCUCCUGGCUUCUCUGAUGAAUAAAGAUGGAGUUCUUAUAUCUGAUGGACAAGGUUUCAUGACACGGGAGUUUCUGAAGAGCCUGAGAAAACCUUUUUGUGACUUUAUGGAGCCCAAGUUUGAGUUCGCUGUGAAGUUCAAUGCACUGGAAUUAGAUGACAGUGACCUGGCAAUAUUUAUAGCUGUCAUUAUACUAAGUGGAGACCGCCCAGGUUUGUUAAAUGUGAAGCCCAUUGAAGAUAUACAAGACAACCUGCUGCAAGCUUUGGAGCUCCAGCUAAAACUGAAUCAUCCAGAGUCAUCACAGCUGUUUGCCAAAUUGCUUCAGAAAAUGACGGACCUCAGACAGAUUGUAACGGAACACGUGCAGCUGUUGCAAAUAAUAAAGAAAACGGAGACAGAUAUGAGUCUUCAUCCACUCCUACAAGAAAUCUAUAAAGACUUGUAUUAAUGAUGAUAGUAGUUCUAAUCCGCUGACAUAAUGUAUGUUCUUCAGAUUGCACUAUUUCUCUGAGGGAAAACUUUGCAUACCUAAGAAAUUACUGUGAAACAGCAUUUAAAAAAGAGAGAGCUUAGUAUAGUAGAUCUAUUUUAUGCAUAUUGUUUAUAAAGACACAUUUACAAUUUACUUUUAAUAUUAAAAAUAUCUAUAUCAUGAAA